AUGAAAGUACUAUCUGAAAAAGAAGCCAUUUCUAUCUUGGAAGAACAUAGUGACUGGAGGUAUGCUGUAUCAACAUCUGGCCAUAUUGCGCAUAAAUCCUGCUUUGUUGCAACGACUGUGCCUACUGUUCAUAAAGUCGACGCUGACGUCCAAUUGGCUUAUUUCUUGACGAGAACACAAUGGGCCGAUCAGUUAAUGAUUACAGGUGUAGGAAACGACGUGACAUCGUUACGAUCCCUGUCUCUAUGUAAUACCUUGGCUUUUUCAAAUUUGGGUCGUAUAGAGCAUCCUCGUAGGGUUCAUCAAGUGCAGUCCCAGUCCGAGUAUAUCGUGUCUGUCAGUAGUAUUGCUCGCUUGGACCCUGAAUUUGAAGCCUGUUUGGAUGAAGCAGAAGUGUUUUGGAGAAAAGGCCAUUAUGAUUUAGCUUGGGGAAGGUUACAGCUUAUUUGGUAUGCGUAUGGUUUCUUGUGGCCUGAAGAAGUUCAUAUAGGUAAAAAUAAAAUAAAAUAA